AUGCUCGCCCAAGAUGGAACGUCAUGGCACUUCAACCCUCCAGCUGCUCCUCACAUGGGAGGAAAAUGGGAGGCAGUAGUGAAGUCGAUGAAACACCAUCUCCAUCGGACUAUGGGAGAAACUCUUUACACGCUUGAAGAGAUCACGACGUUGCUCACUCGAAUAGAAGCAAUACUUCACUCUAGACCACUAGAACCACUUACCAAUGAUCCAGAGGAUUUAGACAUGCUCACUCCAGGACACUUCUUACUGAUCCAAGCUCAAAAACAAAGGUUUUGGAAGCAGUGGUCUACACAGUACUUGCGUAGAUUAAACUCAAUCUCCAAUUGGCAUACUCCAGCUCAUGACAUCAAGACAGGCUCAUUGGUGCUUAUAACUAGUGAGACUAUACCACCACAAAAGUGGCCACUUGCCAGAGUCGUCUACGUCCACCCAGGCAAGGAUGGCCUGGUUAAAGUAGUGACUCUCAAGACCUCAGUGGGCGCGCUCAGGAGACCAAUUCACAAGUUGGUGCCACUGCUGGUCUACGGCUGUUGUCAGCCUUUGACUGACGGCGGGCGAAAUGUUGGAAAUGAGAGCGACCAACAGUAG